GCAAGCGUGCGCGCGCCACCUGGCCAGGAGCCGCUGUGGUGCGGCUCCGCGCGUUCGCCUCGCCUCUGCCGUGUGACGCACGGCGGCCUCCGUUUCCUGUUCCUGGCGUUGCUCGGCGCCUCGGCGCGCGCCGCUCGCGGGGCCGGUGCGGGUCUAGGUCACGUGCUGAGGGGAGCGGGAAGGCGACGUUCUUCUUUCCUCGGCCGUCGUCCGCCAUGUUUUCAGGCCGGGUCAGCCUUGGAUUUUCUCUGUGAGGAAAUGGCCAAGGGGCUUUGGGGAGCCCCGGCGCCAGUGCCUCGGCGGAGCCCAGGCUGACGAAGCGAGGCGGCGGGGAGACCUGGAGCAGUUGUGCGCGGGGUGGGGAGGUCAUGGCGUCCAGCAGUAACUGGCUGUCCGGCGUGAAUGUCGUGCUGGUGAUGGCCUACGGGAGCCUGGUGUUUGUUCUGCUAUUUAUUUUUGUGAAGAGACAAAUCAUGCGCUUUGCAAUGAAAUCCCGAAGGGGACCUCAUGUCCCUGUGGGACACAAUGCCCCCAAGGACUUGAAAGAGGAGAUUGAUAUCCGGCUAUCCAGGGUUCAAGAUAUCAAGUAUGAACCUCAGCUCCUUGCAGAUGGUGAUGCAAGACUGCUACAGCUGGAAACCCAGGGAAAUCAGAAUUGCUACAACUAUCUAUACAGGAUGAAAGCUCUGGAUGCCAUCCGUGCCUCUGAGAUACCAUUUCACGCUGAAGGCAGGCAUCCCCGUUCCUUAAUGGGCAAGAAUUUCCGCUCCUACCUGCUAGAUCUUCGGAACACUAGUACUCCUUUUAAGGGUGUACGCAAAGCCCUCAUUGAUACCUUGCUGGAUGGCUAUGAAACAGCCCGCUACGGGACAGGGGUCUUUGGCCAGAGUGAGUACCUGCGCUACCAGGAGGCCCUGAGUGAGCUUGCCACCGUGGUCAAAGCACGAAGCGGGAGCUCUCAGAGACAGCACCAGUCGGCAGCCAAAGAUCUAACCCAGUCUCCUGAAGUCUCCCCGACAACCAUCCAGGUGACAUACCUCCCCUCCAGUCAGAAGAGUAAACGUGCCAAGCACUUCCUGGAGUUGAAAAGUUUUAAGGACAACUAUAACACACUGGAAAGUACACUGUGACUGCCUGAUGGACGCUGCUGCUGCUGGCAGGGCCAGUGGCCUCGGGUCAUCUGGCUUGUGGGCCCAGGUCAGCUGAAGUGCCACCGUGUCCAGCACUUUUAGGGUUCAUUCCUAGAGAAUCGUUCUUCAGCCUGUUCUUACAGUUAGUUUCAGAGAGUCAGGACUUUAUUUUCCUUUGGUAGUACUUUUUCCUGGAGUUGAAUUCAGAUGUUUUUCUUAAUGUUCCAUUAAUGCUUCCUUAAAAAUCCUCACUUGGUUUUGAUUAUAGUUCAUUUGCCCUUUUUUUUCCAUUUUCCAGACUAUAAAUAAUCCUGAGUGAGAGUUGGGGUGGUGGGGCUUGGUGUCUUCCAUGUCUACCCCUUCAUGCACAGCUGAAUGAGGACCAUUUGGGUUUGAGCUCUCUUAGAGGUGAUUGGCAGGAAAGACAGACACGAACUAGUGGGGAGAUCUUGUGAGGCCGUGAGAUCAAUGUGGAGUGGUUUGUCUGGUUCUCCACUUAAACUGGUAUGUGUGGAAACAUUAACACAACUUCCCUGACAUGCAAGGAUUUGCCCUUGUGCUUUCUUUCCAUACUGUCUUGAAUAAAUGGAAAAAGGAAUGUUGGCACCUAUCCUAAUCCCAUCCCCCCACUUACUUGGGGUGCUUAUGGGACAGUGAAGAAAUGUCAGACCAAUCUACGGUUCUGACAUUCUAAAUUAUUUAAUAAAAUGAGUAAUUAAAAACAUGA